AUGGUCCCACAGCUGGUUUGCAUGAGCAGUAGUAAUGACAUCACUUCACACUGUUUUGUCUUUCACAGUUCGGGUGGGGCAGUGAAAACUUCCUCCAGCUGUCUUCAAGACAAACUCAAGAGCACCGUGUCGCUUCGGCGUCAACUCACUGCAUCCAUCAGCGUCUUCAUUCUCUGUCAGCGGUCACUGUAUGUGACAGUCAGACAUGUUUAUUUCUCAUCCAUUUCACGCACACGCCCCGCUUUCAUCACAAGAUCGGGUCCCAUGUGGAUUCCUCCCAUGCUCCUGUCUCCUUCCACGCCCUACAAGGAAAACAGCGCUGCAGGACUGAAGAGCUGUCACUAUAUGCAGUCACUAUAA